AUGAUAUACCUUAAAGGAGAAAAUAAAAUUAUAAGUAUAAAUGAAGACGAUAUAAAUGAUGAGAAUUAUAUUAUAAUAAAAAGUAUCCUAAAAGAUGAGAAGAUUUGUAUGAAUGGUUGGAUUCAAAUAAGUUUUAUAUUUUAUGAAAAGAAUUAUUAUAAAUUAUUUUUAGACUUGAUUAAAGAAGGAGACAUAUUUUUUGAGGAUUAUAAUAAUAAGAUAUUUAAUAUAUUAUUGUUAGUAUAUAAUUUAGAAAAAAUAAUAAAUGUAAAAAAUGAAAAUAAAGAAGAUGAAUUAAAAAUAAAAUUAGAAAAUUUACUAAAUCAAAUUGAGAAGAAGAUUAAAGAAAAAAACGACAAUCAUAAAGAAAUAGAAAAAUAUAAUUCCGAUACUGAAAAUAAAGAUGUAAAUAAAUUAUUGCAUAGUAAUUUAGAAUAUAAUAACAAGAGUUAUUAUAAUAAAUAUGAUUAUUUAUCCUAUCUUAUGAUUAAAGGAAUAUAUAAUAUUAAUAUGUAUUUAUAUUUAUUAAAUAAAUAUGAUUAUAAAUGUGGUACAAAUAAUUUAUUUUCUUCAUCAGUUAUAAAAAAGACAAUAGAUUCUUCAAUAAAUGUAAAUGGAAAUGUUAUAAUAAAUAAUAAUGAAUUUACAAAUCCUUUAAAUUAUUUAAUUCAUAGUAUAAAUAUUUUUAUUUUAUUAUUAAAAAAAAAUAAUUUUGAUUUUAUUUCUUCCAUAUAUUUAUCUUUUGCCUUAUGCUUAAUUUAUAAAUUAGAUGCUUGUAUUCAAUUUUCAUCAUAUGUAUUAAUAAGAAUUGUUCAUUUCCAAAAUUUUCUAAACUUAUUAUUAGAAGAUUAUAAGAUUAAAUAUGUCCAUAAAAAUAACAAUCCAGAUAAUAGAAGUAUAACAAAUAAUAAUGUACAAGAUAUGAAUGAAAGCAAAGAUGAAAAAAAAAAAACAGUAAAAAAAAAAAAAUUCUUUUUUUUCGCUACUUCAGAAAAUGAAGAAGAUAAUAAUAUAGAUAAUAAUUCAAAUAAUAAUAAUUCUGAUAACAAUUUAGAGAAUACAUAUAAAUGUAUUCAAAUAAAAAAUUUGAUGAAUAUAUCAAAUAAUAUAAAAUCUAUAUUAAAAUAUAUAAUUGGUAUAUGUUAUUUAAAAAAAAAAAAUUUCUCCCUCGCUUCGUAUUGUUUUACUUCAUCUAUAAAGAUUGAUAAUAACAAAUGUGCAUAUAUAUCAAACUCUUCUUUAUUAUUAAUGAAUUAUGUGAAUAAAAUUAUAGAGCAUAAUAAUUUUAUAUAUAUUAAUGAGUUCAGUUUUUUAAAAUACUGGAAUAAUUAUUUAUCUACAAAUGAUUACAAUAAUUUGAAAGAUCAUCAAAAUGAUGAGGAGAACAAAAAAAAGGAUAUAAAAAUAGGAGCACAUCAAAAUAAUGCUCACAAUAUGCAUAAUACGCACAAUACGCAUAAUACUCACAAUACGCAUAAUACUCACAAUACGCAUAAUACUCACAAUACGCAUAAUACUCACAAUACACAUAAUAUUCAUAAUAAUAAUAAUAAUAUUAAUAGACAUUACAAUUCUGUUGAUAUAUCUAAUGAAGGUUCAAAAUUUGAUAGCAUAAGACAUAAGGAACAAUUUUAUCAUGAAGAAAGUUUACAACUUAAAGGAAAAAAAAGUACAAAAACAUAUCAAGGAAUUUGCAUUAGUAGUAAUAAUAAUUUCGUAAAUCUUUUAAGAAAAGUACAUAUGAAAGACAUAAUAAAUUUAACUUUAUUUUAUUAUUAUAAUUAUUUAGAAGGUGGUAUAUUAAAAUGUUCACAAAAUUUAAAGCAGUUAUUAAAUUGUUGUGAUAUAUAUAUAUUAGAUAAAAAUGAUAUAUAUGAAUAUGACGAAUCAAUUGAAUCAAUUAAUAAUGAAAAUAUAUUUGUAAAAAAUAGAAAAUGGAAAGAUAUUUAUUUAAAUAAUAAUAUAAUUUCUUUAUAUUUUGAUUUAUGUGAAAUAUGGUUAAUUCAAGGAAAUUAUCGAGCUAUACUUCUUUUGAAAAUAAUAAAACAUAAAAUAAAUUUUAAUUAUAUUAACAAAAAAGCCUUAAGUAAAUAUUAUUUUUUAAUUGGUGUAUAUUAUCAUAUAUUACAGAAUAUGAAAAAAGCUUUAAUGUAUUAUCAUAAAAGCUUUCUUAUAUAUAAAAAUAAUAUAAGCAGAUAUUAUUAUACAAUAUGUUGUAUACAUUUAAAAAAAUAUAAUAAGGCAAAAAGCAAUUUAAUAUAUUUAUAUAAAAAGUGUAGAAAUGCUUAUGUCAUUAAAUUAUAUAUCUAUUUUUUUGUACACACAUCGAAUAUAUAUUUGAAUUAUAAUGUAAUAAAUAAGGAGACAAUAAAAAAAAAAGGAAUCAACAGGAAGGAAAAUAAAAAUGAUGUAAAUAGAAAUGAUAUGUAUAAAACUGAUACACAUAAUAAUGAUAUCACAUCAAACCACAUUGAUUCCCAUAUGAAUGAUCAAACAAUUGAUUACGUAAGUUACCAUAUAGAUAACAAAUUCUGUAAAAGCAAUAGAAGUCAACAGGUAAAAAUUUUACACAAGGUAUUACUUAAUAUGAUAGAAAUUAUUAAUAAAAAUGAAAUAAUAUUUGAUAAUAAUUUAGAUAUAAUUUUAUUAAAAGCUAAAAUUUAUGAAUUGCUAAUAACAAAAUAUAGUAAUGAAUAUAUUGAAAGCUAUUUUAAAUUAUUAGAUGAUAUAUAUGAAGUAAAAUAUUUUUUUACUAUAAAAAAUAAGUCCCCUAAAGUAUCCAUAGAAUUAAUUAAUAAUUAUAUUGUAUCUAUGUUUUAUUGUAAUUAUAAGGAAAAAAGUUUAGAAUUGAUAGAAUUAUUAAAAGAUGAAAUAUUUUGUAAGAUAAAAAAAUUUCAUACAUAUUAUACAUACGCCAUUUUAUGUAAGGGUAAAUCAUUCUUAUGUAAUAUAGACAAUCUUUUAAACAAAAACAAAUUAUACAAUGUAGAGACAAGGAAACAGGAGAACCACAUUUACCAAGAUAAAAAUAAUAAAAGAAAAAGUAAUUGUAAUAAUACAACUAUUGGUCAUAAUAAUAAACGAAGAAAAAAUGAAAUACAUGAUAAAGAUAUAAAAAUUGAAGAACAAAAUUUUUAUGAUCAAAAAAAAAAAGAUGAAAUAGACAUAAAUGAAAGCAUACAUUUUCAUGAGAAUGUUAUAAAUUCAAUAAAUGGAUCCAAAUUAAAAUGUAAAGAAAUGCUUCAAAAAAAUAUAAAAAAACUAAAAUAUAUUAAAGAUAUAUUAAGAUAUCAUCGUAUAUAUGAAAUACAAAAUAAUAUAAUAAAUAUAAAAAACCAUAAUAUCAUAAAAAAAAAAAAUACUCCUGAAAUAUAUAAUAAAGUCAUGAAAAAUGAAAGAUAUAUAAAUCUUAUAAAUUAUCUAAAAAAGCUAUACAUAACAAUUUGCUUUAACAACAUAAUGUUAUUAGAAAUUGUUGGGUAUAAAAAUAUAAGUAUAAAUAUGUAUAAAAUAUUUACAGAAAUAUAUAUAAAUUAUGAAUGUGCUUUUAUAAGAUUAGCAAAUAUAUAUAUAAAAAAUAAAAACUUUUUAAAAGCUAAACAAAUUAUAGAUAAUGGACUACAAAAAAAUCCUAGUUCUGUAAAAUUACAUUUAUUAAAAUCAUAUAUGCAUUAUAAAAGAAAGCAUUAUGAUUAUAGUAUAUAUACAUUGGAAAAGUUAAAAAGAGAAGAUCAAAAUAAAAAUAUAAAUAUAAAUAAAAAUAAUCCACAUAAUAAUGAUAGUAUUUUAAUUAAUACAUACAUAUCUAUUAUAAAGUUGCAUAAAAUUAAAGAAUGCAAAAGCAAAGAAGAAAAAAAUUCUAUAAUAAACGAAAUAUAUAAUAAAAUACAACUAUUAUUAGAAAAAAAAAGUAAUUAUUUUAUAGCUAAUUUAAUAGGAGUGCUAUUGAAUAUAAAUAAUAAAUAUGAUAUAGCUUAUGAAUCCUUUCAAAUAAUAAUUGACUCAUAUGAAAAAUUAUCUUUUUAUUAUAUAUCAAGUAUAAAAAACAUUAUUUAUCUUAUGUUUAAUCAUUUAAUAAGAAAUAAUCAUAUAAUAAAUAAUAAAUUAUUUCUCAAUAAAUUAAAUUUAUUUUUUAAUCUAAGUGUCAAAUACGGACUUAACGAUAAAAAAAUUUAUUUGUGUUAUUCAAAUUAUUUACAUGUUUUGGAAAAAUAUGAUGACGCUAUUAAUUUAUUAUAUCUAUGUUAUAAGAAAUGGCCUUAUGAUAUUUCCAUAUUAAAUUCAUUAAUUAUAAUUAUUGAUUCUUGUGUAUCCAAAUAUUUGAGUUAUGAAUAUGUAGAUCUAAAAAAUAUUUUUUUUAUGAAAGGAUUAAUACAUUUUUCCUUUCAAGUAAUAUAUACAUUAUUAUAUCUUAAGCAUUUUACUACAACAGCUCCUUUAUUAUCAUCAGAUGAAAAGUACAAUUACUAUAAGGAAGGAGAUUAUAUCAUUGAGAUAAAAAAAAAGAACUUGGAAAUUUUGGCUAGCAGGAAAUAUUUAAUAUCCACAUAUAAAAAAUUUGAAGAAAAAAUCAAGCCAUAUAUAGAAAGCAGCUUACCAACUAUGUUAAAGCAAAAGAAAUUGUAUGAGAUGAAGAAAGUUAAUAUACAAAAGAAAAUCUAUGAAGAAAAGAAAAGAAAACAAAUGAAUUUAGAAAUGAUGAAAAAAAAAAGUGAAGAAAAAUUGCAUGCAGAAUUAUUAAGAGAUGUUAAUGAAAUAACAUAUCACAUAUCUGAUAAAAUAAAUGUAAGUGAACAAAGAGAUAAUUCUUUUUAUAUUAAUGAUCAUCAAAAUGAUAUUAUACAAGAAACAAAUGAAAAUCAAUUGGAUAGUAUACCUACACCUUCAAAUAAGAAUAUUAUCAAUGUAGAGGAGGAAAAUUCAUCUUUUGAAGAAUCACGUAAUUAUGAAUCUUCAGACAAUAGUUCUGAUUUAUUUGAAGAGCCAAGUCCAAAAAAGAGAAAAAAGGUUAUUGAUUAA